ACAUAAGACAUAAUAAUCAAAAUAGACGAUUUUGCAAAAAUGCUGCGUUAAAGUUUUCUUUUAUUUCACAUACAAGUGAAUUAGUGGUCCACGAUGAGGACUCGUAGUAAUUCCGGAGUUCGCCUGGACUAUUACCAAAGGGUAGUGCAUAAGUUGAUUUUAGAUCACCAACAACCAGUUACUGGAUUGUUCCCUGCGAGCCCAGACAAUGAUCAUGCAUGGAUCAGGGACAACUUGUACUGUAUAUUGGCAGUAUGGGGCCUGUCUAUGGCCUUCAAAAAGAUUGCAGAUCAAGAUGAAGACCGUGCCAAAACAUUUGAGUUGGAACAAAGCUGUGUUAAAUUAAUGAGAGGUCUAUUAAUGGCCAUGAUGCAACAAAAGGACAAAGUUGAGAAAUUCAAAAGUACUCAACACCCCCUGGACUCUUUGCAUGCUAAGUAUUCAGCCAUCACUGGCCGCACCGUGGUCAAAGACAAUGAGUGGGGCCACCUGCAGGUUGAUGCCAUUUCCCUCUAUUUGCUCAUCCUUGCCCAAAUGACAGCAUCAGGUUUGCAAAUUGUGUUUUCACUGGACGAGGUAGCUUUUAUUCAGAACCUAGUGUUUUAUAUUGAGUCAGCUUAUUGCACUCCUGAUUAUGGUAUCUGGGAGAGAGGUGACAAAACAAACCAUGGGUUGCCAGAAUUGAAUGCCAGCUCUAUAGGCAUGGCAAAAGCAGCUCUUGAGGCUAUGAAUGAGCUAGACCUGUUUGGAGCCCGAGGUGGCCCCUCUAGUGUCAUUCAUGUAUUAGCUGAUGAAGCCCAGAAAUGCCAAGCAGUGUUACAGUCCAUGUUGCCCAGAGAAUCAAAUAGUAAAGAGUUGGAUUCUGGCUUGCUUUCAAUUAUAAGCUUUCCAGCAUUUGCUGUUGAUGACCCACAGUUAAUAACCAAAACUAGAGAUACAAUAGUCAAUAAACUACAAGGAAAGUAUGGCUGUAAAAGAUUUCUUAGAGAUGGCCACAAGACACCAAGAGAAGACCCUAAUAGGUUGUAUUAUGAGCCUUGGGAGUUGAGAAUGUUUGAGAACAUAGAAUGUGAAUGGCCUCUAUUCCUCUGCUACUUAGUUUUGGAUUAUUGCUUCCAAGGAGAUAAACAUAAUAUAUCAGUGUAUAUGCAGAAGUUAGAAAAUGUAAUGAUAAGGAAAGAGGAUGAUGGAAUAAAGUUGGUGCCAGAACUUUAUGCUGUGCCGUCAGAGAAGGCUGAUCUGGAACAAUGUCAACCCGGGAGCCAGGAGCGUAUACCGCUGGGCCGUUGUCCUUUUGUUUGGGCCCAGUCUUUGUAUAUUUUGGGAAAGCUCUUGCAAGAGGGUUUCCUAGCAGUUGGCGAGUUAGACCCACUAAACAGAAGAUUGUGCUCAGAGAAGAAGCCAGAUGUAGUGGUCCAGAUCGUCAUCUUAGCUGAGGACAAUGAGAUACGGGACAAGUUGAUAGAGUAUGAUCUGCACGUACAAACAAUAGCUGAGGUGGCACCUAUAGAAGUGCAACCAGCAAGAGUGCUAAGCCAUCUUUACACAUAUUUAGGUAGAAACAAAAAGCUUGGACUCUCUGGAAGGAAAUCUCGAGAUGUUGGUAUACUCAGUACAAGCAAGCUGUACUCAUUGAAUGAUAGGAUAUUCGCCUUUACACCACAGUUUUCUGACAUGAAGCGUUUCUACAUUGCUUCCGAUUAUGAGCUGAUGGUUGACACCCUCAAAGCAGAAAUUAAUUUCCUGAAGUCAUCUUGGCAAAACCUCCUUGGUCGUCCACUUGUUGUCUUGACUUUGAAUCAAACAUAUUUAGACCAGGGUAAAAUCCCUAUGGCCAUGAUUACAACCAUGAAGAAAUUGAAGUCCGGAUACAUUAAUGGCACCCGCGUGAAUUUGGGGCAACUGGGAGACUUUUUAAGCACUUCUGCCAUAACCAAUUUGACGAGUUUCUUGGGAAGUCAAGAAGACGGUUAUCCAGAUAAACUCAACCCCCAAGUGCACAGCUACUUGGAAGAGCACCUUCUGAGGUCGUUCAGCAACAAGAUGAGCUUCCUGUCGCGGCCGGCGGGCAGGCCCAACGCGCGCAUGCUCAAGCGGCGCAUGUCCGUGCGCGGCGCCAUCAAGAAGACGCGCUCCAUCAAUGUGGACUCGGAGACACUCGGUAUGGAAGGCGAGUACGUGGGUCCGCAGCUCGAGAGGAAACCCUCUUGGCUCGAGGUGGACUACGGCCGCAGCCCGUCUCCCGACGACGCCAGGAGGAAAUCUAUCACCAAGGGUACGUCUACAACCGGUUUAGGCGUUGGCACGAUUACAUCUACGGAAGUCUCCAAAGAUAAAUUGCCCACUCCACCCAAAGAACAAGGACCUAAUAUAAACAAGAACAUCCCUGUCAUCGUCCGCAACCGCACCGCUUCGGAGUCGCAGGGAGUCUCGUACGCGGAGCAGGAAACCGACGAGCUGGUGACGAUGCUGCGCGACACCGAGAGCUUGGACGAGCAAGGCGACAUCCUGCAGUACUUGGUUGACACGCACGGACUUGAGUUCAAUACCGGCAUGACAGAAAACGGGAAAGCUGUAAGAGUGAAAGACCUCCUCAAAGCUCUAUACGAGAAGGCGUGCACGCAGAAGCUGUGGGGCCUCGUGCGGCACACGGCCGGCAUGCUGGGCAAGCGCGUCGAGGACCUGGCCAAGGCCGUCACGGACCUGCUGGUGCGCCAGAAGCAGAUCACCGUGGGCAUGCCGCCCAACAACGAGCACACCAUCACGGCGCCGCUGCCCGAGAACGAACUCAGGCAGUUGAUACAUUUGGCAUAUGGCGACGACGAGAGUACGGCGAUGCUGACACAAGAGCUGCUCGUGUACUUGGCCAUGUUCAUAAGGACAGAGCCGCAGCUGUUCAUGGAGAUGCUUAGACUGCGCGUCGGACUGAUUAUUCAGGUAAUGGCCACGGAACUGUCCAGGACGCUGUCUUGCGACGGCGAGGAGGCAUCGGAGCACCUUCUUAACUUGUCUCCGUUCGAAAUGAAGAACUUGCUGUACCACAUUCUCAGCGGAAAGGAAUUUGCCAUCAACAGUGUGGGUCGCGGAAACUUCUCGAUCGUGAGCAACAAAUCGCACCGCUACGGCAAGAAAUCGCAAAUUAUCUUGGAGUCUGGUCAGUCGCUCCAGGGUAACAUUGAGGACAUCGCGCCGAUCGCGGAGCCGGACCGCCAGGGGCAGUGGCUGCGGCGCCGGCGACUGGACGGCGCGCUCAACCGUGUGCCGAGGGACUUCUACCCGCGCGUGUGGGGCGUGCUGGAACAGUGCCAAGGUCUGAUCAUCCAAGGCAAAGUGCUGCAACCGAAUUUGACCCAAGAGAUGACGUCCGGAGAAUUAAAAUUCGCGCUCGCCGUCGAGACGGUGCUGAACUCCAUACCUCAGCCCGAGUACCGGCAGCUGGUGGUGGAGGCGCUCAUGGUGUUGACUCUCGUGGUGGAGUACAAGGCGGUGAGCCACCUGGGCGGGACUAUUACGGUGGAGCAUCUGGUGCACAAGGCUAAUCAGAUAUUUUUGGAAGAUCAGAUGCGAUGCAACGGCGACGCGACGCUGUGCUGCGCUAAGGCGGAGGCGGGUGGGGGCGGGGGCGGGGUCGGGGGCGCGCUGCUGUGCGGCGGCGCGGCCGGCGUGUGCCAGCACCUGUACGACUCGGCGCCCAGCGGCUCGUACGGCACCAUGAGCUACCUGGCGCGCGCCGUGGCCGCGCUGCUGGCCGAGCGUCUGCCGCCCGAGGCGCCCGUCGAGUGCGCCAUCACGUAGGUCGCGCCACCCGGCUUCGGCGGCGAUACGCGAGGCCGAUUAUGGGUCGUUCCACAAAUGUCGCUCGCGAAAUGCUUUCGCCUUGUAUGGCGGCCGCUUGGAACGAAGCGUGCAACUUUACUCGAGAAUAUAAUGCCGAUUUGUUAGCAGUCAUGAAUUAUUACCGGUCCGAAUAUCGCUUUCUCGGCAAAUGUUUUCAGACCUAGGUAUUAGAAUACUGGCAUUUCAAAGCGACAUUCACGUGGAAUGCAUCCGGUUUCGCAGACUACGUCGAGACCACAUUACGAAUCGUUCACGAAUAGCGCGACGUCACCAGUGUCACCACACAUAGGUGCUAUAUUACUAAUAAAAUGCUACGCCAAAUGCUACGAGCGGCCGUACCCAGUUGCAUCCUACAGUAUUUAAACAUUAUUAUUAUGUUAUGGUAUAAUAUUUUAUACCAGUCCAUGUUCAUCCCUACAGCUGAAAUUUGUAGAUAUUUUUAGUAAACAUGAGGACAAGUCGUAAACGUAAACGCAUCCUCAGGGAACGAGACGAUGAUUUUCACGUUUUACGAUAUGCCUAGAAGUUUCAUGAUCUGCCUGAUUUUACGAUCGGCCGCCGACAUGUAUAUAAUGUCAAAAUCCAACCAAGGAACCAUAUAUAAAGGUAAAACCGAACCGCUUUUUCCUUAGGAAAUCAUAGAUCCAUAUUUCAUGUUAAUAUUUAGUGCUCUGUCUCGCCAUUUCUAAAAUUUUAAGUUUUUUGUAAAUUCAUAAGAGCUUGGGCGAGAUUUGUACUAAACUGUCAAAAAUCCGCGCCAGCUUUAAUGAAUCAAACUAGCUGAACCUAGGAUUUUUGCCGCCACGUUUGUAUACAAGUUUAUAUAAUAAAGUUUUUAAAGUCAACCCAGGAAAAGGAAAACAAAAUAAUUCUUAUUAACCUCGCCGCCACGUUGGUUAUUCCAAUUAUUACCACCAAGUUGUUACCAGUGGUAACUACUUGGAAUGCUUUUCCCAAUAGUUACCAUUACUGGUAAUAACUCGGUGGUAACUAGUGGGAAUAACCCCGCCACGUCAAUGAUGUAACAAAGUGUCAUCAACGCUAAGCCACACGUACAUAACAAACAACCCGUAUAAUAUUAAGUCGUAGCGUGUGAGGCACGAAUUGUAUUAAAUCACAUUUAGAAACGGGUCUAUCGCGAAUUUAUUUUGUUACCUUUAUUUACCGACGUUUCGACACAGGUUUCACUGGUCGUGGUCGCGGCUAUUAAAUCACAUUUAGAAACGGGUCUAUCGCGAAUUUAUUUUGUUACCUUUAUUUACCGACGUUUCGACACAGGUUUCACUGGUCGUGGUCGCGGCUAUUAAAUCACAUUUAGAAACGGGUCUAUCGCGAAUUUAUUUUGUUACCUUUAUUUAACGACGUUUCGACACAGGUUUCACUGGUCGUGGUCGCGGCUAUUAAAUCACAUUUAGAAACGGGUAUAUCGCGAAUUUAUUUUGUUACCUUUAUU